AUGGCUGAGCAAGUGGAGAGGGCAUUUCUGAAGCAACCUACAAUCAACCUCAACAAUAAGGCUCGUAUAUUGGCCGGUAACAAGAAAGUUCCCCGAUAUGUUCGUAACAUCGGACUCGGUUUCAAGACACCUCUUGAGGCUAGUCAGGGCACCUACAUCGACAAAAAAUGCCCGUGGACUGGCAACUGUGCGAUCCGUGGAAACAUCUUAACUGGUGUAGUUUUGAAGAACAAGAUGACUAGAACUAUCAUUGUACGUCGUGAUUAUCUUCACUUCGUCAAGAAGUACCGCCGUUUCGAGAAGCGACACAAGAACGUUCCAGCUCAUUGCUCACCAGCAUUCCGAGACAUCGCCCCUGGAGAUUUGGUUACGAUCGGAGAAUGCCGUCCAUUGUCAAAGACUGUCCGAUUCAAUGUGUUGAAAGUGAACAAGGCCGGCUCAACGAAGAAAGGAUUUGCCAAAUUCUAA